AUGGACUUGCAGCCUGUGCAUCCUGGACCAGUCGCGGAUCAGAUAUUAGUUUUACAGGGCGACCAUAGGUCCGCCAAUGUAUGGGAGGGACAUCUAUUGGAUCAGAUUCUCCGCACCAGGAAACCGGACGACUUGUGGGACUUUUUGAGGGAGAGAGUUUUCCAUCCCCGCGUAGUCCAUCGCCUGCAGCGGUGGCGACCGGAGACUCACACCUUUUACCUGCCUACUGGAGAGGCCACCAUCACGCUUCAGGAUGUUCAGGUUUUGUAUGGGCUGCGUGUAGAUGGACUGGCCGUUGCACUACCCCAGUAUAUGAGAGCUAUGACACGUCCCCAGUAUUUGGAUUUGAUGGGGCAGUAUACUGGUUUCAGACCACAGGGCAAGGCUGCACUUAGAGGGGGCAGUCGCAUUUCUGUGACAGCUAUCAGAGAGCAUAUGGAGGUAUUGCAGCCCGACAUUAUCGGCGAGAUAGAGGAUAUCCAUAUUUACUGGUACACGAGGUUGGCGAUGUUCCUUCUUUUUAGGGGUGUCUUGUUCCCGAACACUUCGGGAAAUCUAGUGAGUCUGCGCUUUCUGCAUCAUCCGCAGCAGCUAGAUGAGUUACCCCAGUACAGCUGGGGUGCUGCUGUUCUAGCAUACUUGUACAAGAGUAUGUGUCGGGCGAGCAUGGUCACCCAGGUGGACAUAUGUGGUUUUCUGCCGCUUCUACAGGGGAUCCUGCCGUUGCAGCCGCCUCUACCACCACUAGAGCCGGGUGUAGCACCUCCGUUUCUCCCUCUAGCUACGAGGUGGGUUCUCCGCCGUGGGAACUUCCGAGGUACUGAUGCUCAUCAUAAUCUCCCCCUUACCAGGGAUGUGUUAGAUAUGCUGGUGGCCGGACAGUUCAUCUGGAUUCCAUACAGCGAUGAGUUGCUAGCUCAUCUGCCCGAUUAUUGCUUAGUCGACUGA